GCGGUAUUAUCGAUGAUUAUGAUACAAUAUAGUAUGAUGUGGUAUUCUAUAAAGACCGACGAAACAAACAUUUUAUGAAACGGUUAUUUUAAAUCAAUUGUUUUUAAGCUACUUGAAAGGAAUAUAUUAAAAUAAUGGAAAAUCUGGCAAAAUACAGCUUGAUAAUUAUUCUCGCUGUAUUUUUCGCGUUUUGUUUCACUGUGAGAAUGACACCGCUAUCUAAAAAUGAGUUUCAGCAAAAAGACAUUCCACCUAUGAGAGAAAAGCUGAAUGGUUCGAAUUUCUCAGAAACUUACAGAAGGCUGGAUACAACUACUGUAAAAGCGGCCAAAACGCCCCAUCCUACAGAGACAGAGAACAGACGACACGCUGAAACUUACAGAAGGCUGGAUACAACUCCUGAAAAAACGGAACACCUGCCGUUUCUACAAGAUUUCAAAAAUCCUUGUUGGCGAGAAGCUGAUUCAAACUCGCGCAUGUGCAUUAGAUGUCUUCCUUAUUUCUACCUUGUAGGAGCACCUAAAUGUGGAACAACAGAUUUAUUCAGAAGACUAGUCAAGCAUCCUUUGAUAUCAGAUAAAUGUCCUAAAGAGCCUCAUUGGAUAACAAGAAAACGAUUUACUGGAGGGGUAAAGAAACAACUUUCGGACUAUCUGGUUUAUUUUGACAGUGCUGUACAGAAAGAUAUAUCAAGAAUAGAGGCAGACGGCUAUCAUAACGCCAUAUUUGGUGAUUGUAGUGCUUCCACUCUUUGGGACAACAGCAAUUUGUUGCGAGCAGAGAAAAGCAAAAAUAUGACGACACCCCCUUUUACAAACGCAAACAUAAUUUAUCACUUGAAUAAACACACAAAAAUAAUCAUUAUAUUAAGAAAUCCCAUAUCAAGACUGUAUUCUGACUAUAUCUACUUUAACAAAGAAUAUGCCAGUGCAGCAGAUUUCCACAACAGAGUCGUGGCUAUGACUGGCUUGUUUUCUAGCUGCUUGAAGAUUCACAGCUUGCGAUAUUGCGCAUAUUUCUUUCAUUAUACGGUGAGAAUACAUCUUGGUUUUUACCACGUUUACAUCGAAGAUUACUUGAGAGUUUUCCCAAAAGAACAAAUAAAAAUUAUUAAACUAGAAGACUAUGCCAAAGAUAAAAACAAAUCCAUGACAGAUGUAUUUAACUUUUUAGGAACGGGGUUGCCUCCAAAACGUUUGAUGGAAAAGAUCGCACAACAUGCAAAGGCAAAUACAAAUUGGCAACGAAAAGUAGAGGUUGGGGAGAUGUGGCAAAAAACAUACAAACUAUUAUAUGACUUUUACAAGCCGUUUAAUGAUCAACUCGUAAAAUUAUUAGGCAAUAAGUUCAAUUAUAACUGAAAAUGCAUAUCCAUUUUCAAGUACUUAGUGUUUCAAAUAUAAACAAUGUUUUUUGUACAAAUCAGUGAUUAGCACAGUAGAUUUAUAUUGAAUUUCAAUUGGUAUGACAUAUGAGAUAUAUGUUUUUAGUCACCGUUGUGUAAGACUGAAAUAUCUUUCACGGGUGAACACCAGAUGUAAUAUUACGCCACGAUUGAAAACGUUAGAUAUGGUGUUCGUGGAUGGAAGAUA